GCGACAUUGGUGCGUUAUCAUGUGAGCCGAUGCAAUGAUGUUUUCUUGAAUUACUUCGUCGCGAGUGGAUUUUAAAAUUGUGUAUCAGUGAAUUGUGACAAAUUAAACUAUGGCGGACUUAAAAUCACCGCCGUAUAGUGACAUUAAAAGACCUGAGGAGGUCGUCAGGAUGACGACCAACGACAGCCUGAAAUUUGCAGUUCUUAUCGGGCUGAUUGAAGUUGGACAGGUAACCAACCGGGAGGUGGUGAACACCGUCCUACACCUGCUGGUGGGCGGCGAGUUCGAUAUGGAGCUGAACUUCGUGAUACAGGAUGCCCAGAAUAUCCAGCACAUGCUUGAGCUGCUAGACCACUGCCCGCCCAGCUUGCAGGCGGAGAUAUGGUCGGUGUUCAUCGCUAUACUGCGCAAGAGCGUGCGCAACCUGCAGGCCUGCACCGACGUGGGCCUCAUCCAUCACGUGCUGCAGCGUCUGCCGCGUGCGGAGACUGUUGUCGCCGACCUACUGAUAGAAAUGCUGGGUGUGCUUGCGAGCUACAGCGUCACAGUAAAAGAGCUCAAGCAGCUUUUCAACGCCAUGAAAGCAGUCAACGGUAAAUGGCCGCGGCAUUCGGCGAAGCUUCUCAACGUGCUUCGACAGAUGCCACACAGAAACGGCCCGGAUGUUUUCUUUAGUUUCCCGGGCAGGAAAGGAUCGGCAAUAGUGCUGCCGCCGCUCGCCCGGUGGCCUUACGAGAGCGGGUUCACAUUCACAACGUGGUUUCGUCUGGACCCCAUCAAUUCUGUCAACAUCGAAAGGGAAAAGCCAUACUUGUACUGCUUCAAGACGAGCAAAGGCGUGGGCUACACAGCACACUUCGUGGGCAACUGUCUCGUGCUCACUUCUAUGAAGGUUCGAGGAAAGGGGUUCCAGCAUUGCGUGAAAUACGAGUUUCAACCGAGACGAUGGUACGCGAUAGCGGUGGUGUAUAUAUACAACCGAUGGACCAAGAGCGAGAUCAAGUGCUUGGUCAAUGGGCAACUCGCAUCCAGCACCGAGAUGGCGUGGUUUGUCUCCACUAGUGACCCUUUCGACAAAUGCUACAUCGGCGCUACCGCAGAGCUAGACGAGGAGCGUGUGUUCUGUGGUCAAAUGGCUGCCAUUUACCUCUUCGGGGAGGCGCUCACCACACAUCAGAUCUGCGCCAUGCACCGUCUUGGGCCUGGUUAUAAGAGUCAAUUCCGUUUCGACAACGAAUGCAACAUCAGUUUGCCGGAGAACCACAAACGGGUGAGCGAGACGAACGCUCCAAAGCUUGAUGCCGAGAUACCUUCCCUUUCCUUACCUGACGUUCCCGAAAUAACCGAAAACCAAGAACCAGAAACCCAAAAACCCGAAUCCCAGUCUCCUGAACCCGCUUCGCAAGAUGAAGAUACUAAGGCGACAGAAACCGAAGAAGCUUCAGUAGUUGUAAAAGAAGAUGCUACGCCUCGGGGGCGCCGAAUGGCCGACGAGGCGCGCGAAGUCGCCGCAGCGCAUGCUACCCUGCUCGUAGAUAUUGAAGCAUGCAAGCGUGUGCUGUACGAUGGCAAGUUAUCGUCUGGAAUUGUGUUUAUGUACAACCCGGUGGCGACCGACGGCCAGCUGUGUUUACAGUCGGCUCCUAAGGGCAACGUUUCCUACUUCGUGCAUACGCCGCAUGCACUAAUGCUCCAGGAGGUAAAAGCUGUGGUGACGCAUUCAAUACACAGUGCGCUCAAUUCAAUAGGCGGCGUUCAAGUAUUGUUCCCCUUGUUCGCGCAACUAGACUUGCCGCACGACGCACCUGCAACAGACCCCAAACGAGACCCCAUGCUUUGCUCAAAACUCCUCGGCUUCGUGUGCUCCCUGGUAGAAUCGUGCAGCACAGUACAACAACACAUGCUGCAAUGCCGCGGCUUUCUAGUAAUAUCGCACAUGUUACAACGAUGCGGCAGGGACCACCUUACACCAGACACGCUCGCCUCCUUCCUACAUUUAACUAAACAUCUUGUGACUUGCUGCUCUCCUAAUUCCGAUCUGCUUUUGAAACAGCUCCUCGAUCACAUCCUCUUCAACCCGGCCCUGUGGAUCCAUACCCCGGCUGCCGUUCAAGCAAGGCUGUACUGUUACUUGGCAACGGACUUCCUGGCCGAUGCUCACAUAUACGGAAGUGUUAGGCGUGUCAGUACGGUCCUACAGACUGUGCAUACGCUGAAGUACUACUAUUGGGUGGUGAAUCCGAGAACGAAAAGUGGAAUAUCUCCUAAAGGGAUGGAGGGACCCCGACCUGCACACAAAGACAUCCUAACAAUCAGGGCGUACAUAUUGCUGUUUCUGAAACAGCUCAUCAUGAUUGGAAACGGUGUGAAGGAAGAUGAGUUACAAUCGAUACUCAACUAUUUGACAACAAUGCAUGAGGAUGAAAACCUUCACGACGUGUUACAAAUGUUGAUCUCACUGAUGUCGGAACACCCCAGCUCGAUGGUACCUGCAUUUGAUGGAAAAGGUGGUGUCCGGACAAUAUUUAAACUCCUGGCGUCUGAAAGUCAAUUAAUAAGACUGCAAGCAUUAAAACUCUUGGGCUUCUUCCUAAGCAGAAGCACGCACAAAAGAAAAUACGAUGUAAUGUCGCCACACAACCUCUACACGCUUCUUGCAACUCGGCUAAGCGCUUGCGGUGAAGCCCUGGCGUUGCCUGUGUACAACGCGCUAUAUGAACUGCUCACGGAACAUGUCGGCCAACAAAUCCUGUACACCAGCCAUCCGGAACCGCAACCGCAUUUUCGAUUGGAGAAUCCAAUGAUCCUCAAAGUUGUCGCCACAUUGAUCCGUCAAUCAAAACAAACCGAACAACUACUAGAAGUGAAGAAGCUUUUUCUGUCCGACAUGACGUUACUGUGCAGUAACAAUCGAGAGAAUCGCCGGACGGUCUUGCAGAUGUCCGUGUGGCAAGAGUGGCUCAUUGCCAUGGCAUACAUACAUCCCAAGAAUACGGAGGAGCAGAAGAUAUCUGAUAUGGUGUACUCGUUGUUCAGGAUGUUGCUACACCAUGCGAUCAAACACGAGUAUGGUGGAUGGCGCGUCUGGGUGGAUACAUUGGCAAUUGUGCAUUCUAAGGUAUCGUAUGAAGAAUUCAAACUACAGUUUGCGCAAAUGUAUGAACAUUAUGAACAAAGACGCGCUGAUAACAUCACUGACCCAGCAGAGAGACAACAGCGACCCAUUUCCACUAUUUCCGGUUGGGACAGACACACUGACGGACAGGCAAAGUCCAGAGUGCUACCGGAUACUGACGAUAGUGUAGAUAGUACACCAGUGUCUAUUAGAAAGUCUAACGUACUUAACCAUGGAGCCCAGACAGAAAUAGGUAAAGGAUUGUCACUUAGGGAGGUCGAGUCAUGUCGUUGUAAAAAACCUAGUGAAAGUACAGAAGACAGUCGGACUACAGUAGUGUAUAGUGAAGUGUGUAAAGUGCAUAGUCCCGUCAAAACCGUAACAAUUAAUACCGAAGUGCCCUUCGACGAAGGUUGUGAUAGUAGUAAUAUCGAAGUCGAACACGCCAUCGACGAGGAAGAACCCAUUGAACAGAACAAGCUCGAUGCAAAUAACGAAUUAGUCCAAUCAAUUAUUGAAAAUAAGCUCCUAGAAAGUUCCGAAUCGGGAACCGGAACGAUCGAACAUGAUUCUGAAAAAAUUGACAAACCCUUGUCUCGACAAGGUAGCUUAGAUUACAUUCCUGUAAGAGACGUAGGUGACAAUUUAAUAAAAGACGAUAACACUGACAGAAGCGAAGGACUUCCAUCUAGUUUAUCUGUAAGCGAAACGGCGAGCCCAGAAAGAAUCGCGGAUGGAUUAAAUAUUAUCACUGAAAGAGAAUCUGAACUAUCAGAUCCGUCCGAGCUAUAUUUAACGCCAAGUGAAGCGACUAGUCCCAAAAAAAUACAAGAUAAGACUGACUCUAUUCCAGAUGAUUCCACGGAUGGCAUUCCAGAUGAAUCAGAUGAUCCGAAACAUAUUGCGAUCAAUAUCGUCAAUGAUGUAUUAACAGUUGCUUUAGAGACUGUAAGGUUAAAAACAGAUGACGACACAGAUUCUGGUGCCAUUUCUGGAGGUAUUCCUUCAGAAGGAAACACACCUAAUGGCCGAGAAGACUUCGAACAAGAUAUCGAAGAUAUAUUAAAUCAAAAGCAAGUUGCAGAAACUAUUGCCAAUGAGAUAGUUUUAGAUAUUAUAUCGUCAGUCGUUUCUAGACCAGAAGAAGUUAUCGAACAAGAUGACAUUCCACAUAGUCCUCAACGAGUUAUUCCAUCUGAUCACCCACACGAAGGUAAUGUAUUACCCCUCGACGGUGAAUUUAUUGUUCCAUUAAAGGAAGAAUCAAGUAACGAAUUUACAGCCCAGGAAAUUGUAAAUGAUGAAAAUGCCAAAAAUGAAAACCAAAGAGUAGAAACAAAUAUACCAGAGGAGCACAUAGCGCAAGAAAUUCCUCCAAUUUCAACGAUUAGUGAAAACAUUUCGUUAAGUAAUAAAAAGCAGCAGGAACACGAGGAGGAAAGACUCUGCGAUACUGAAAGAGACAAACGACGGGUUAGUUUACCAGGCGAUAGUGAAAUGAAACAGGACAGCAAUAGGGGUGAAGGUGUGUCCUCACAAGGAACGAAUACAUCAACGUCUCCUAAGCGGCCACGCAGUGCUUCGACGAGCACACAAGUGGAUUCUAAUCACUUUGAAACAAAACGUCCAUCGAAAUGCAGUCGACCGAUGUUCUCGCCAGGACCUACCCGGCCUCCUUUCCGCAUACCAGAGUUCCGCUGGUCUUACAUACAUCAGCGGCUGCUGUCUGAUGUUCUGUUCUCGCUCGAGACGGAUAUACAGGUGUGGCGAAGCCAUUCAACUAAGUCCGUUAUAGAUUUCGUGAACAGUAGCGAGAAUGCUAUUUUCGUUGUGAACACGGUACAUUUAAUAAGCCAACUUGCAGACAACUUGAUCAUUGCUUGCGGUGGACUGUUACCAUUGCUGGCUUCUGCUACAUCUCCCAAUAACGAAUUAGACGUCAUCGAGCCCACCCAAGGCAUGCCAGUAGAAGUUGCAGUUACGUUCCUACAAAGGCUGGUAUCCAUGGCCGAUGUGCUUAUCUUCGCGAGUGCUCUGAACUUCGCCGAAUUGGAGGCAGAGAAGAACAUGUCUAGUGGAGGAAUUCUGAGACAGUGUUUACGAUUGGUGUGCACGUGCGCUGUGCGCAACUGUCUCGAGUGCAAAGAGAGACAACGUUGCGUCGCCACAAGAAACAACCGGAACGAUUCUCCCUCACCUAAGAGUGUGGUGGCAAGUUUAGCGGACGCUUCAAGUCCAGUGAAAGAUCCAGAGAGGCUACUACAAGACAUGGACGUGAAUAGGCUACGCGCUGUUAUUUAUAGAGAUGUUGAAGAAACAAAACAGGCGCAGUUCCUAUCGCUCGCGAUAGUGUACUUCAUAUCUGUGCUUAUGGUGUCGAAGUAUCGUGACAUACUGGAGCCGCCCACACACACGCAACCCGAAUGCGCGCGCAGAGUUCACCACACGCACGAACACCACGGGUCUCGGCCGCUGUUCCCGCAAUGGUCGCACCACGUGUACCCUCAGUUCCUGCCGGGUGGGCAUCCCGCUCACCGCCACUCGCACUGCAAGCUCGAUUGCAGCCAACACGUUAAUAAUAAUACGCACGCGCACGCACGCAUCGCUAAUUUCCACCGCGCGCACGCAGAACACAAUGGUGAUGAUGUGGAGUAUGCUAUGAUCGUAGUGGAUGAAAAUAACUCUACGAUAAAUGAGCUAGACUCCCCUUCUAUGAAGGAUGGGACGGAAGAGGGCGUGGCUAAGAUUGAGACAACAACAGACGAAGUGAAACCGAAUGCCGGUGAGAAGGCCAAGGUGGUGGAACUGGCCCUAACGCCGUGCUCUGAAAAAGAGGAGCCGCUGUUCAAGUCGAGUCUUCGAGUGAAGACUCAGCCUAAACAGAAGAGCGUGGACUCAAUUGAAGACGCAGGCUCCUUCCAUCUGAACUCAACUGAAACUACGAAUAAUGACCCCGAGACAUCCAGCGAGAUCGCUCUGGAUGACAAUAAACAUCCUGUAAGUAACGACGAUUCAUGGACCGAUGUAAACCUGAACGAGGACGGCGAGCGAGGUCCCGCCACCAUCACUGGCAGGACGAGAGACCACGAAGGACAUUUACAUGAAGAUAUUGACAAACAAAUUCACAUGAGGAACUCCGAACAUCACCAGCUAACUCAACGCCACCAGAAUAGAAGUUUGCAAACUGCACAACGACAUUUACAUCCGGACAAUGAAACCCUCGCGGGCCUCACGAUGAAUGCAACGAUAUCCGCGGAUGGAGUUUCCCGGGAAGCCUCGCUGACACACAAGUUGGAGACAGCGUUGGGUCCAGUUUGUCCUCUACUGAGGGAGAUCAUGCUGGACUUUGCGCCGUUCCUCUCUAAAACCUUAGUUGGAAGUCAUGGACAGGAAUUGUUAAUGGAGGGACUCCAAACCUUCAAAUCGAGCACAUCUGUGGUGGAACUAGUCAUGCUACUCUGCUCCCAGGAAUGGCAAAACUCUCUCCAGAAGCACGCAGGAUUGGCUUUUAUAGAACUUAUCAACGAAGGUCGAUUGUUAUCACAUGCGAUGAGAGACCACAUAGUGAGGGUGGCUAAUGAAGCUGAAUUUAUAUUGAACCGAAUGAGGGCCGAUGAUGUGCUCAAACAUGCUGAUUUUGAGUGUCUUUGUGCAACGACUAAUCAAGAGCGUGGCGAAGAGGAGAGAACCUGUGAGCGUUUGAUAGCCGCGGCCAGACGACGCGAUCAGGCGUCAGCUGCGCGGCUAUUGGACAAGUUGCAACACGCCGCUGCGGCUAGAGCUGGCGUAAGCGAAGGCGAAUCAAUAGACGGUGGGUUUUGGAAGCUGGAUUCUUGGGAGGAUGAUGCCCGACGGAGAAGGAGACUGGUGCCAGACGCACGCGGGAGAAGGCACGCUGCCCGAUCACAUCACGCACCACCGCUGCCGCCUACUGACGCCAUACUUCAGGCAACGGAGGAAUUGCACGCUAGAAUCGCGCAGGCAUCUGGAGGGGCGCAAUUGCCCGCACCACCCGCCGCUGAGUUACUUGACGACGCUGAACUAUUACUUGAUGAACGGGACGCGGAACAGGAUCUUACUGGUCCAGUGAACAUCAGCACUCGCGCGAAACUUGUGGCUCCCGGCUUAGUGGCCCCGGGGACACUGUCGCUGACGUCCACGGAGCUGUACUUUGAAGUGGAUGAGGAAGACUCCGAGUAUAAGAAGAUAGACCCAGAGGUGUUGAAGUACUGCGAACACCUGCACGGAAAAUGGUACUUCAGCGAAAUACGUGCGAUCUUCUCGCGGCGUUACCUACUACAGAGCAUUGCGAUCGAAAUGUUCCUCGCCAGCAGAACAUCCAUUCUGUUCGCGUUCCCUGACCAGGCGACGGUGAAGAAGGUCAUCAAGGCUCUGCCGCGAGUCGGAGUCGGCAUCAAGUACGGCAUCCCGCAGACCAGACGCGCAUCCAUGAUGUCUCCUCGCCAGCUGAUGCGGAACUCCAAUAUGACUCAGAAGUGGCAACGGCGUGAGAUCUCCAACUUCGAGUACCUUAUGUUCCUGAACACGAUUGCUGGUCGCACUUACAACGACUUGAACCAGUACCCGGUGUUCCCCUGGGUGCUCACUAACUACGAGAGCGAGGAGCUGGAUCUCAGCCAGCCCUCCAACUACAGGGAUCUGUCCAAGCCAAUCGGCGCGUUGAACCCAAGCCGCCGAGCCUACUUCGAGGAGCGCUACAAUACAUGGGAGCACGAGUCAACACCCCCCUUCCACUACGGCACCCACUACUCGACUGCUGCCUUCGUGCUCAACUGGCUUAUAAGAAUCGAGCCAAUGACGACAAUGUUCCUGGCACUACAUGGUGGCAAAUUCGACCAUCCUAACCGAUUGUUUUCAUCCAUCGCACUCUCGUGGAAGAACUGCCAGCGAGACACUUCUGAUGUUAAGGAGCUGAUACCAGAACUGUUCUUCCUACCGGAAAUGUUAGUAAACAGCUCGGGGUAUAAACUGGGCAUACCAGACUCACCCUCGGGAGACGUCAUCCUUCCGCCAUGGGCUUCCUCUGCUGAAGAAUUCGUUAGGAUUAACCGCAUGGCGCUGGAGUCUGAAUUCGUGAGCUGUCAGCUUCACCAGUGGAUCGAUUUGAUCUUUGGUUAUAAACAAAGAGGUCCCGAAGCAGUGCGCGCGACAAACGUAUUUUACUACCUCACAUAUGAAGGUGGAGUUCGAUUAGACCAAAUCACAGACCCAAUAACCCGGGCAGCAAUAGAGGACCAGAUCCGAAGCUUCGGCCAAACUCCUGCGCAGCUUUUAAGUGAACCCCAUCCACCGAGGGCAUCCACAAUGCAUCUGGCACCAUUGAUGUUCGCCGCGGCACCCGAUGAUGUCUGCUUGAGACUGAAGCUGCCUUCCAAUGCAGCUGUGGUUCAUGUAUCGGCGAAUACUUACCCGCAGUUGGCUAUGCCCGCUGCUGUGACUGUAAGCGCGGCGCGAGCGUUUGCAGCGCACCGCUGGGUGGGUGGCGGCUGCGCGCACUCCGCUCCCGCGAGGCAUGCGGACCACCCGCCACCUCACCACCCACUGCUCAUGGACCCUGUGUGGGCGGCGGGCGGCGCACAAGCACUGUCACGUCGUCAGCUGGGCGACAACUUCUCGCAACGAGUGCGCGCGCGCAGCAACUGUUUCGUGACGACAGUAGACUCGCGAUUUCUCAUCGCCGCCGGCUUUUGGGACAACAGCUUCCGCGUGUUCUCUACAGAAACUGCAAAAAUAGUACAAAUAAUAUUUGGUCACUACGGCGUGGUGACGUGCGUAUCGCGCUCCGAGUGCAACAUCACGUCCGACUGCUAUAUCGCGUCCGGCUCGGAGGAUUGCACUGUAUUGUUAUGGCACUGGUCUGCCCGGCAUGGAGGAAUAGUGGGUGAAGGUGAGACCCCCGCACCCCGUGUCACCCUGACGGGUCACGACGCUCCUCUGAACGGCGUGCUAGUUUCAGCUGAACUUGGACUGGUCAUAUCCUCAUCAGUCAAUGGCCCAGUGCUAAUCCACACAACGUUUGGCGAACUGCUCCGUUCUUUGGUCGCCGCAGAGGGUGUGACAGGUCCCCAGCAGCUUGCGUUAUCGAGGGAAGGAGUGGUCGUUGUGGCGUACGCGAAGGGACAUUUAGCUGCGUUCACUCUGAACGGCCGACGGUUGAGACAUGAGACACAUAACGACAACUUCCAGUGUCUUGUGUUAUCGCGUUGUGGGGAAUACCUAGUAUGCGGCGGCGACGCUGGCGUAGUAGAAGUCUGGCGUGCGUUCACGCUUGCUCCACUAUAUGCCUUUCCGCCGGCUGGAGCUCCGGUGACCAGUCUAGCGCUUUCACAUGACCAGCGGUUCCUGUUGGCUGGACUGGAGAACGGCUCGCUCGUUGUGUUCCACAUAGACUUCAACAGAUGGCACCACGAGUACCAGCAGCGUUACUGAGGCAUGGAGUACCUUAGCUUUAGCGUUUAGAAACCAUCGCAAGACAAUUCACAUUAAUAAUUCACGAAUUACGGUUUUAUUUCAUAGAGGAUAACUUUUCCAUAUGAUUGUCUUAUAAUGCCACUUAACUGGUAACUGUGCCUCAGCCGAAAGCAUUUAUUAAAACUUAAACUUAUCAUCAUUGAAAUAAAAACCAAAAUUUGUUUGUGCUUAUUUGACGUUUGUAAACCGUGUUGUCUAUAGUUGUCAAUAUGAGCGGCGAAAUUUUUUAAAUUUCAAAUUUCCUCCAUAUUUGAAUCUGCGAGAACAGAUAAAAAAUAACGCGUUUUACAUUCGAAACAGAAAAUAUCCAAGAUAAUGUAAGAGUAAUAAUGGAUUCUCAAGAUAAUUGAAAUUUGAAAUAAUUUAAAAUUUUUCGUGAAAUAUUUAGGUUUUAAAAUAAUUGCUAAAGCUUGUAUAAGUUGUACUUAGUAAUUUGCGUAAAUAUAAUAAUAUUGAAUAAUAGUAUAUAUUUAUAUUUGUUUCUUCG